CCCAAUACAACUCACACCCAUAGAUGAACGUCAUUGUGAAGAAGCGGUCCCAUAAAUGUCGAUUGCAACAUUCACCACCGCUUCAUUCAUUCGCGGCUCAGCGCUAGCUCUGGUGCAAAGGUGUGUUUUUUUUAAAAGAACUUAAGGUGGAAAUAAUGCCUGUGCGCCACCUGUUCGUCUAUUUACCCCUGCUUGUCGACCUCGUCUCCUCCGCAGGGACAACGUUGACGCCAAGCUUGGAGAUAUUCGGUGCCAUCGGAUCGUCUGUUGUGCUGCCUGGUCCCGGCGAAAAAGAAAUUCAACAUGUGCAGCACGUCCGUUGGGCAUUUGGCAUUGUCCGAAUUAUAGAUUACUUUUACCGCUCAUUGCAAAACGCCACAUUCACCACCUUCUGUAAGGAUCGAUGCGAGUUCAACUCUGCCAAUGGAUUUGUGAUGCUGAAAAAUUUAACAGCUAAAGACCAAGGUCUCUAUAAAGUUGACGUCGAUUUAAUUGCCAACAACAGCAGAGUCAUCAAACUGAAUGUUAUGGAACGACUGUCGUCUCCUUCAAUCGCCACUGGAAUUGCCAUGGUGGAUCAAGACAGUAAUCUGACAUGCCAAGUGGCUGGCGGGAAGGUGAGCUCGGUCCGAUGGACGAAAGACGGCCAAAUGAUAACAAACAGCGACGAAACGUAUCGCUUGUUGCAAAACAACCUCACCUUGCAGAUCCGGAAUGCCCAAAAAUCAAAUUGUGGAGUCUUCACUUGCAUCGUGGAAAAUCGUGUCAGUGAAGUCAACCAUUCUUACCACCUCUUCAUUCAUGGUAUUCCGUCUCUACAUAAAAUAACCCUGAGCUUCUCCAUUGCGGCUCUGAUUUCUGGCUGCACAGUCUUCAUCGGGAUUAUUGUUUCUUGUUUACUGGGAGGCAGUACUGCAAUAAGUCUACCGUCUCAUCAAAAUAUACUGCUGUUCUUGCAGUUGGCAUCAAUGGUGUCUCUUGUCGUACUCAUGGCAGCAAUUUGUUGCUGGGGGGAAACUUCAGAAUAUUCUGGAAUCAUUGUGGUUGGAUUGGUGAUUUCAAGUCUCCUCCUAAUACUGAUCUUGGUUGCGAUGUGUAGUAUGAAGACAUAUGGCUGGGAGUGGUUUAAUAACAUCCUGUCAACCCAUUUCUGCAGAAUUAUGGUGGAUGCAGUAACUCCAUUGGGCGGACUGAUAGUUAUUUUCUCAUCUGGAAUUCUGAUUGCAGAGAUAUUGAAACAAGCUGGAAAAGGCUGUGAAUCCCCAGACAAUCUUCUAUCAAGUAUUCUCCCUGCUGUCAUUGUGCCAUCAGUUGGCUUUGUUAUGUUCUUUGCAAGUUACGCCAUAUUGUAUACGAAACACAAGCAGCAGAUGAGAACAGAGCAAGAGGUACGAAAUGAACAGCAAGACUGCGCCAUACCACUGAAUGAAAUGCCAGAUCAAGGCGUGGGAAUCUCAAGUAAUGUCGCAAAUGGGGAGGAAAUGCCUGGAGUGGAGGCAUCCUGUUUACAAGCUGGGAUACUUUGAAUGGAGUCAAUGUAAACUUGUCCAAAAGCAUUAACCCCAUGAUGUCCGAGCAUUUACCCCGUCAGACAGGGGAAACAUUGCAAUCAUUCACAAAAUAACCAUGAGGGAGCUAUUUGUUGUAAAAUAUGCUGUAAAAGUAUUGGGCUUGCAAGCAAUUGAUGGGAUGAGUGUCUUGCAGAGAAUUGAUGAAGUUAAUCUAGUCCGGGACACAGCGGCAGAGGCCCGGGUUCGAUCCCGACUACGGGAGCUGCCAGUGCAGAGUCCAUCGAUCGCCCCAUACACACGCACUAUACCUACACACUUGUGCCUUCUCGACGUGGUUCUCCCCAGGAUAUCCAGUAUCCUCCCGCAGUCCAAAGACGUACAGGUUUGUAGGUUAAUUGGCUUCGGUAAAGUUGUAAAUUGUCCCCAGUGCAGUGAUACCCAACCUGGGGCCUUGGCAAAUUUCAGGGGGGCCACAGGUUCAAUGAAGGGGGCCACAGAGCUACCACUCGUUGCCUCAAAUUUCAGUUCUAAUACAUUUCAGUUCUAAUAAAUUUAAAUCUAUGUUGUUGAAAUAUAUUUUUAAUGUAUGAUUAUAAAUGGUUGUUUUAGUGAACCCACAAAAUAUUUUUGAUGUUUGUGGAAUAGAAUAAAAGAUAAUAUAUGUGCUGAAUAAGAGAAUAGACACUGAUAUUUUUAUGGAAGGAAUUAUAAUAUUGAAGUACUUUUUUUCCGCUAAUAAUGUCAGGGAGGGGGAGGGGCCACAGAAAAAUGAAAAGAUCCCUAGGGGGCCAUGAGCUAAAAAAAGUUGUGAACCACUGGUCUAACUGUAUUUCAUUGUCUCUGUACUUUGACACUGCACAGUGACAAUAAUAUUUGAAUCUGAAUCUGAAAACUAAAAACUAAAUUAAAAUUGAUGGGGUCAAUUUAUUUAAAAAUGUCGUUAACUGCUAGACAAUGGGUCUGCUGAACACAAUAGAAACAUAGAAACAUAGAAGAUAAGUGCAGGAGUAGGCCAUUCGGCCCUUCGAGCCUGCACCACCAUUCAAUAUGAUCAUGGCUGAUCAUCCAACUCCGUAUCCUGUACCUGCCUUCUCUCCAUACCCCCUGAUCCCUUUAGCCACAAGGGCCACAUCUAACUCCCUCUUAAAUAUAGCCAAUGAACUGGCCUCAACUACCUUCUGUGGCAGAGAAUUCCACAGGUUCACCACUCUCUGUGUGAAAAAUGUUUUCCUAAAAGAUUUCCCCCUUGUCCUUAAACUGUGACCCCUUGUUCUGGACUUCCCCCAACAUCGGGAACAAUCUUCCUGCAUCUAGCCUGUCCAACCCCUUAAGAAUUUUGUAAGUUUCUAUAAGAUCCCCCCUCAAUCUUCUAAAUUCUAGCGAGUACAAGCCGAGUCUAUCCAGUCUUUCUUCAUAUGAAAGUCCUAACAUCCCAGGAAUCAGUCUGGUGAACCUUCUCUGUACUACCUCUACGGCAAGAAUGUCCUUCCUCAGAUUAGGAGACCAAAACUGUACGCAAUACUCCAGGUAUGGUCUCACCAAGACCCUGUACAACUGCAGUAGAACCUCCCUGCUCCUAUACUCAAAUCUGCUCCUAUACUACACUGCUCCUAUACUCCCUGCUCCUAUACUCAAUGACAAAGAACAGUUUGUGAAGCCUAAAUUACUGCCGAUAAUAACCUAGAGAGUACUGUAAACAAUGUGUCGGAAGGAACUGCAGAUUCUGCUUGACACCGAAGAUAGACAAAAAUGCUGGAGUAACUCAGCGGGACAGGCAGCAUCUCUGGAGAGAAGGCAUGGGUGAUGUUUCGAGUCGAGACCCUUCUUCAGACUGGUUCUGUGAACAAUAAUCCCUUCAAUGAUACAAAUGUGCUAAUCCCAUCCUUUGUCAGCCUCUAUAGAUAACGAAGUCCGUGUUUCAACUUCUUUGUAAAGGUUUUCAUUCGAAAAUCCAGUGACUGUUAUCAGUAAUUGCGAUCAGUCUUUAGGCUUUUAGUUGUAAUUCUUUUGCUUUUUUACUUUGUUAAUAAUGAUAUGUUUGGUUUUAGUUGAGGUCUGCAGAUAUUUCAAUGCUUUGCUCUGUUACUGUUUAACUGUCGAGUCAAAAUAAAAUGUUUUAAAAGGUAAUACUGGACAUGGCAAAUCAUUAAAAAUUCAGUGAUCCUAAUGUCUUGGUCCAUCACAUGGUUACCUACUGUCUCUUAACGGUGGCGCAGCGGUAGAGUUGCUGCCUUACAGCGAAUACAACGCCGGAGAUCCGGGUUUUAGCCCGACUACCGACCCUGUCUGUACGGAGUUUGUACCUUCUCCCCGUGACUCUCGUGGGUUUUCUCCGAGAUCUUCAGUUUCCUCCCACACUCCAAAGCCGUGCAGGUUUGUAGGUUCAUUGGCUGGGUAAAUGUAAAAAUUCUCCCUAGU